AUGCUCCAAGGUGUCCAGUUCCCCAGAGUUACAUAUUGGGCAGGGCUGAGCGGGGUUGAAUUUGAAGCAGGAUUGGUCCACAGUGAAAUGAUGAUAGUAACAUGUCAAGAAGAAGAGGACACGCAGUGCUUGCCGCGGAAAACGUUUCUAGCGUUCCUUCGACUGCCGGAAGUUAGCUCGAACUUGGCAGCAUAUUCUCGAUCCGCGCGCAUAAUACAGGACGGAAGAAACGACUUUAUGCAUUUGAAAGCUCUGAGCACAGAGGACAUGAGCGACGACACUAAAAUAUGUUUGCCAGCGGAAGUUUACUUUGAAAUAUUCAGUGAUCCGACAAUGCGUGCUCACUUGAGUGUAAUCGAGCGGGCACAGAGAAUGGUCGAGGACCCGGAACACGAUUAUACUAGUUUUGAAGCUGAGAAGAGGAGUAUCGCAACUCUCGCCAAGAAUGACGACUUGCCCGCUUCUAUUCAGGAACGUUAUCAAGGCGACGAUGUCGAUGAUGAUGAAAAACGAAGUCAGUCUAGUAUGACUGCAGAAGAAAUAUUAAAAUUGUACGCCGGACACACACCUGAAGAAUUGGGAAAAAGCGCAGAAUCGAUAAUAACCGCCUACACCCUUCCAAGUGGAGAAAUAGACAUCGAAUCGCUGUCACGUGAUUUCCACAACGCAAAACGUAACGUCGGAGCUCUGGCUCGUGACUAUGCAUUGCCGUCAGGGCGAAGAAACAGAGCAUCCUCAGAUUCAGACUCCCAGGAGUCAUCUUCAACCAGCAACAAACGUAACAUCGCGAUGCUCGCACGGGACAGAUUGCUCCCGAAGGGCAACAAGCGGAAUAUCGGUUCACUGGGACGCGUGUACAUAGUACCUUCUUAUCAAGGGAAACGGAACAUCGGGGCCCUCGCUCGCGACUCAAUGCUGCCCAUGGGGAAACGGUACCUCGGCGCACUCGUUAAAUCAGGCGGCUACCCUUACAUCUACAACAAGAGAAAUAUCGCUUCGUUAGCUAGAAACGGGCUGUAUAAUUACGUUAAACGCAACAUUGGAACCUUGGCCCGCGACUGGAACUUACCGCAGUCGCGGCACAGCCGUUCUUUGAACGAGAAGGAGUUGGGCGCAGCGCGGAUCGAUUUAGAUAAUUUGCAGCGGAUCGACUCGGCAAAACACCCAGAGGAUCAUCAUCAUCAUCAUCAUCAUAAUCAUGAGCUUGAUUUUAAUAAAUUGAGAAAGGGGUCGAAGGUUAACAAAAAUAAGAGUAUUUUGGAGAGCGAACUGGUUGACGCUAAAAAUAAGACACGCAACAAAAGACAAAUUGAUUAUUCUGAAGAGUAUCCGCUGCCUGUAUUGCAAAACACUAAUGUGUUAGAUUAUGACGAUUUUAUGGAGGCACUUAUCGCUGGGUAUCCGAUCGCUGAAAAAAGAUUUAUGGGAGCAGGUUCUGAGUCUUCGGAGCGGCACGAAAACGGGGAUGACAAUGACGACGGGACAAACGAUGAUAAAUCAAUAAACCAGUCUCCGAUGGGUUAUCAGGACGUGUAUCAACCAAGUAAGAGACAUAUCGGCGCUCUGGCACGUCUCGGUUGGCUACCAUCCUUCAGGGCAGCACGAUUUUCGCGCUCUCCGCGAUAUCUGGUCGGCAGGCAGGAUUCCUCAGAUGGGCCCUCGACCAACAACUCCCCCAACUCGCCGACUCGGUCGUUAGACACGUGGAAAAGACUGAGAACCCGCGACAUGCACUAUCAGAACUACCAGGGUUAUUGUCGACAUGGCUUCAGAAAAUACCUAUCAUCACCCUCCACCGAUGAUGAUAUUAUUUAUCGCGCUUCUUUAAAUGAUAAAUAA